AUGGCGUUGCCUUUCCAAUGUCUCUUGGUGUUCCUGGUGACGUUUGUGUCGCUGUGCUGGGCCCAGUCAACGUUGCUCUGUAGGCCACCGUCCGACGAGAAAUGUGUGUGCAGUCCGGUGGUGAAUUGUGGAGACGAGAGCGCACUUAAAGCAGAGUUGGAGCAGAUGAAAGUCUCGAUGGACCGACUCUCGGAGAAGAUACUAGUAGCCGAUUGUCCCAAAGCUAACGCCAACGACACAGACUCCGACAAGCCCCAGGACUGUCAGGACAUACUUGACAACGACGAGACCACGCCCAGUGGCGUGUACAUGGUUUAUCCACGGGACAACCUGGGUAGCUUUAUGGUCUUCUGUGACAUGGAAACGGACGGGGGCGGCUGGACGUUGUUCCAGAAGCGCCGAGACGGGACGGUGGACUUUUACCGGGACUGGGUCGCCUACAGGACCGGCUUCCCUUCCAACCUGAACGGCGAGUUCUGGCUGGGGAAUGACAAGUUGUACCGCCUGGCUGUGCAGAAAGUCUACCAGCUCAGGGUGGAUAUGGAGGAUGUGGAGGGGGAGACGGCGUACGCCGCUUACGACACGUUUGCCAUCUCGCCUGAAUCCCAGAACUACAGGCUCCACAUAGGGAAUUAUAGCGGUACUGCAGGAGAUAGCUUGACGAAGCAUAACGGGGAACAAUUCAGUACCAGGGACAGGGACAACGACGACAGUGCUUCCGGUAGCUGUGCUCGGGCGGCCAAAGGUGCUUGGUGGUUCUACAAUUGCCUCCGCUCCAACUUGAACGGCCAGUACCACCUGGGUACUCACGAGAGCCUGGGGGACGGCGUGCACUGGGUAGCCUGGAAGGGUGGAAAUAACUCGCUGAAGCGCACGGAGAUGAAAAUCCGACCUGCUCCAUAGCGGAACACGUUGUGUUUUGUACUGCUUGUAUUUGUGUGUAAGUGUGUGCGAGUGUGUGCCAUAUACAUUGUAAGCUGGUUGCGAUGUCCGUACUUUUUUCUAAUGACAUGGUGUGAUUAUGUUUAUCGAAGGAAAACAUAUUAUUUUUGUUCAGUUUCUUCUUCUUCUCCAAACUAAUAAGGUCAUUGACCUGAACCAGAC